AUGAUCGGCGAUGAUUUCAUACAGAAAAUGAACGGCGACGGUAGUUUCGAUCGGCGACAGUGCUUCUUUAAUGUUUUAGCCUUGAUUCAACAUGAGAUUUCAUACAAGAAAUUAGGGCUUCGAUCGGUGACUGUGGUUUCAAUCGAAAAUGAACGGCGACAGUGGUUUCGAUCGGCGACUGUGGUUUCGAUCGGUGGUUUCGACCAGAAAAUGAACGGCGACUGUGGAGACGGCGACUGUGGAGACGGCGACUGUGGAGACGAAGACGAUGGAGGCGGAGACGAUGAAGACGAUGGAGACGGCGACGAUGGAGACGAAGACGAUGGAGACGGGGACGGAGAUGGUGGAAGGACGGAGGCGACACAACAGCGGGCAAAAAUGGAUCGAUCGAUUGGAAGGAGGAGAGGAGACGAGACGAGACGAGAUCGAUUGGAAGGAGGCGACACAGCAGAGGGCAAAAAUGUCACCAGAUCCCUCUGA